UCACGUAAUGAAUACAGUCUAGCUAAAUCGUUGUUGAAUUUGUACACCAGAAACAAUGCGACAAUAAUCAAGACCUGUAUAUACACAAUACUUGUAACUUGUGAUGCAAGUCAAUUUUGGAUUAUUUGAAUAUCCAGAUAAAAACACACGUAGCUAGGUACAAAUAAUUUAAGAAUAUUAUAAUGGGUGUCGAUAUACAAACUUAUCGUGGAAGAAUUGGUUGCUUCAGUCGAAACUUUGGUACAGAUGUAAUAAUUGUCCAAUAUACAGUCAACUGUACCCGAGGAAUAAAGACUAUUGGGGCUGUCGUAUUCAUAGGUAUUUUGUUGCUCUUGGCUGGUAUUGAGCAAAAUCCGGGACCGAUUUCAGAGUCAACGUCUGAACGGACGCCUGCAAAUGCUACAAUUCUUAAAGUUUGUGGUUUACCAAAACACAUUGGGAUAGAUUCUUUGAUAAACUCGUUUGAAAAUACAAGGCGAGAAGGGGGUGGCAAGGUUUUAAGAGUGGAAAUCGAUGAGAAUGAAUCAUCUGCUCUUGUUGAGUUUGAGGAGGCGGAAGCUUUACAGUUAGCGCUGAGGAAAAGACCAAUUCAGAUAGAGGGUAAAGAUGUAUCUGUUGAAAUAUACAUUGAUGAAGGUUGUAUGGGUGAUGAUAAUAAUAGCCAACAAAUGGACCGUGCUGGUGAAAUCUUUGCAGAUAACCCCAACGAUCUAGAAUUAGGUUCCGAUUUUGAGCAUGUAAAUAAGUCAGGCGCAGUUGCUAAAGUGACAUCAACUGUAAAACAUGCGUGUUUAAAAGUAUAUAGAAAAGGUGUAGGAUUUUUCAAGGCUGGUAAAGGUACUGUCGGGUCCAGCAAUGAGAUAUUUUGGCAAAUGCUAGCAGACCUUGGGUUGACUGACAGAUACCCAAGUAAAAUAUCGAUCCAAGACAUUGUUACUGUAGAUACAGGCGAAUGGAAUCAGAUAGAAAAUGGAACUAUUUGUUCAACUGAUAUUCCGUGGUUAGUCCUGAAACGAUUGAUAAGUUCGCAUAGUGAUUCUAGGGAUAUAUCAGUAACAAAUGAACAAGAUUUGAAUAACGGAAUUGACUUAGAAAAUACUUUGAGUUUUUUAUCUGACAUACCUGGCGAUAAAAAAGAUAUAAGUCCAUUAGAUGCUUUUUUUAUCAUUUUCCAAUGUUGUGAUCCUUUUUUGAAACAAGUCGUUGUACAAAAACUGUAUAUUUGUAAAAUCGCUGUACCGUUUUUGUAUAAAUAUUGGGAAAGUGAUGUAGAGCAAGUAUCGGUAUUAUCAGUUUGGCCAUUGAGAUCUUUAGCAAUAGAAAAUAACGAAACAAACAUUGAAAAAAGUGAAGUUCAAUGCAAAGAAAUGGACAUUCUUGAGCUUCCAACAAAAAUGAUAGCUUUUGGAAGAUUGGGUCGACCCCGCUUUUCAAAAUCAAAAUUGAUGAAUAGCAUUCUUUCGGAUCAUGGGUGUAAAACUUUUUUCAAUUAUGACUGUCCAUUUGGAAUGAUUGAAAGAAAAUUAAUAAAUGGACAUGUUGAAAUGUUUUGGUUGCCGUUAAUUGGGGAUAAAAAGGAUAGAUUUCAAGAUGCAAUGACAUUUUUGAACUAA